AUUUACUAAUCGAUAACAAUGUCCAUAAAGGUGGGCUCAGGUCACGGCGUCUGGUAUCAUAAUAAUUGAUAUAAUAACACGUGAAAAUAAUAAAAUACAAAAUUUCGGCCACGUGAAUGUGUUAACAUCGCAUAAAAUAUUCUAUGCUCAAUCGAGUUGCUAAAAAGGUAUAUGCUCAAUCGUGCUUUACCGCAGUUUUUUUACGGUCAACGAAAUGCAUGGGUUCAGCUAGUAUUGUAUAAAAAUUAUUUAAAAUUAUAUAUAUUUAUUUACUUUUUCUUAAUAUAGAGCUAUAGGUAGCUACAUAAUAAUAAAUUAAUAAAAAAUCCACUAAAUAAUAAUAAGUACAUAUUAUGUAUUAUAUUAUACAUCACAUUUCCCUUCUUGAGAUAACUAUUUACUACUUGGCAUAUACAGCUCUACCUACUUGUUGGUACUGGUGGUAAGCGUAUAUCAGAGGGAUCGCCCUCAAGUAAGUUUUUCCAGUUUUCCAAAUUUUUCCUCGGAGAGUGGCAAUAUUCAAUGACAAAAAAUAUCACGCUAAAAACACAGAUCGUGCUCACUAUUGUUCGAUAUUGUAUAUUUUCUAUUACGUUACGCAGCGGCAAGUGCGAUUGUGUAGUGUGCUUUGCGAACAGUCCGAGCGUUGACUCGGUUGAUGUAUCAAGACGCCGCUGCCGCCGCCGCUGUUUUAAGGAGGACUAUGGUGCUGCUACUUUUUCUGUUGACGUUCUCCUUGUCGUCGUUUACAUCGGUCACUUCCGAGUGCCCGGACAAAUGCAAGUGCAAAAAUAAGGUGGUCAAAUGCGAUGUAAUGGAACUGGAUCGGAUUCCCGACCGCGUACCUCCGGAUGCCGAAUUUCUGGACUUGAGCUUUAAUGAAAUCAAGGAUAUCGAACCGAAAUCAUUUACUCAUCUUACAGAUUUAAAGUACUUGGACUAUAGCAUGAAUAAAAUCAGGGAUAUUGAACCAAAAUCAUUUACUCAUCUUACAGAGUUAAAGACUUUAAUAUUGGAUCUCAAUGAAAUAAGUAAUUUGAAAAAUGGUGCAUUUGCAAACCUUUCGAAGCUUCGGAGAAUAAACUUGAAUGGAAAUAUAAUUGAAAACAUCGAGACUGGGGUUUUUAAUAACUUAACGAGUUUGGAGAUCUUAUCCUUGGAAGAGAACCAAAUCCAUAAGCUUGAUUUAGAAAUGUUUAAGGGACCUAUAAAACUGGCUAAACUGUAUUUAAGCCACAAUAUGAUAAGAAACAUUCCACCUGGGAUAUUCGAUUCAUUAACGUCGUUGGGUCGUCUGGACUUGAGCUAUAAUAAAAUUGGGGAUAUCGAACCGAAAUUAUUUACCCAUCUUACAGAGUUAAAGACCUUAAUGUUGAAAGGCAAUGAAAUAAGUAAUUUGAAAAAUGGUGUAUUUGCAAACCUUUCGAAGCUUCAGAUAUUAUCAUUGGUUAGAAAUAGAAUAGAAAACAUCGAGACUGGGGUAUUUAAUAACUUAAAGAGUUUGGAGAUCUUAUCCUUGGAAGAGAACCAAAUCCAUAAGCUUGAUUUGGAAAUGUUUAAGGGACUUAUAAAACUGGCUAAACUGUAUUUAAGCUACAAUAUGAUAAGGAAUAUUCCACCUGGGAUAUUCGAUUCUUUAAUGUCGUUGACUCUUUUGGACUUGGGCUAUAAUAAAGUCAGGGAUAUCAAACCAAAAUUAUUUACCAAUCUUACAGAGUUAAAAACCUUAAAGUUGGAUGGCAAUGAAAUAAGUAAUUUGAUAAAUGGUGUAUUUGCGAACCUUUCGAAGCUUCAGACAUUAUCAUUGGUUGAAAAUAAAAUUGAAAACAUCGAGACUGGGGUUUUUAAUAACUUAAUGAGUUUGGAGUCCUUAUCCUUGGAACAGAACCAAAUCCAUAAGCUCGAUUUGGAAAUGUUUAAAGGACUUAUAAAACUGGAUACACUGAUUUUAAGCUACAAUAUGAUGAGAAACAUUCCCCCUGGGAUAUUCGAUUCAUUAACGUCGUUGAGUAUUUUGUAAGUCAGCAUGA